UCAUUUAAGCCGGAAAAGUUGUAAAAUUACAGCGCUGGCUAGUUAGUGCCGUCCGUGAUAGAAUCUACGCAAAGAGGAAAAAGCUGCCGAAACACCAACACCAAGAAGCACACGCUUGGUGCGCGUAUCGUGCGGAUGUGUGAUUCAUCUCCCAUCAGUCCAGUCCAGUGCCGUGCUGUGUUGAUUUGCUGAUUUGAUUUUGUUUGGAAAUUUUCUCAGUGCACAUACCUGUACAGAAAGUCGAACGCAUACACGCGCACGGCGCAGUGCGGCGUUUCACAUCAGCAAAGAGCUUUUACAGUGCCGUCGUCGUGUGUUUGAUUUCCUUGGAAUGGCAAUCAACCACAGCGAUAACGAAAAAAAAAGUGCACUGCAUAGAAAAUAAACGAGUCUGCAAACGAUAGUCAGCCAGUAUGAAUAGAAGAUUACGAAAAAAGUGUUGUUUGAUCUUGUUUUGAUGUGCCGAGAAAAUCGCGGCACAAUCAGUGGAAUUACAGAAAAACAGACAACCACCAACGUGAGUGAAGUGGGGGUGAAUAAACCGUUUCCUUGGGAAAACAGUAAAGUGAAGCAGGUGAUAAAACUGGAUUCGUCGACACUCGGUCGGUAGAAUACAAAGCACUAUGAAUCACCUACCAGGAUCGACUCCUCGAUCACCGGCUCCGUCGCCCGAUCCGGAUGUGGACGAUGGAAGCUCGAGAAAGCAAGCUACCAGAGUAUUCAAGAAAAGCUCCUCAAAUGGUAAAAUUACCGUUUACCUAGGCAAGCGUGAUUUCGUGGACCACAUAACACACGUCGACCCAAUAGACGGCGUCGUACUGAUAGAUCCAGACUACGUAAAAGAUCGUAAAGUUUUUGGGCACGUACUGGCUGCCUUCCGCUAUGGGCGUGAGGAUUUGGACGUGCUCGGACUGACGUUUAGGAAAGACCUGUACCUCGCCUCCGAACAGAUCUUCCCACCGCUGGAAACAGAUCGACCACUAACACGGCUCCAGGAGCGGCUGAUCCGCAAACUGGGCCCGAAUGCCUACCCGUUCUACUUCGAAGUGCCACCCCAUUGUCCCGCCUCGGUUUCGCUGCAACCGGCGCCCGGUGACACCGGCAAACCGUGCGGCGUCGACUACGAGCUGAAGGCCUUUGUGGGUGAAACCCCCGAAGACAAACCCCACAAACGGAACUCGGUGCGACUGGCAAUUAGGAAAAUUAUGUACGCACCGUCGAAGCUGGGCGAGCAGCCAUCGAUUGAAGUCAGCAAGGAGUACAUAUUGAAACCAAAUAAGAUCCAUCUAGAAGCCAGUUUGGACAAGGAGCUUUACCAUCACGGCGAAAGUCUUUCGGUAAAUGUACAUAUAGCGAAUAACUCGAGUAAAACGGUUAAGAAAAUAAAAGUAUCCGUGCGACAAUUUGCCGACAUUUGCCUGUUCUCUACAGCGCAAUACAAGUGCACUGUGGCGGAGGUCGAGUCAGAGGAUGGAUGUCAAGUGGCGCCCGGUUUCACACUUUCCAAAGUGUUUACGCUGACUCCACUGUUGGCCAACAACAAAGACAAGUGGGGAUUGGCCCUGGACGGGCAGCUGAAGCAUGAGGACACUAAUCUGGCCUCAAGCACGUUAAUUGCCGACCCCUCGCAGCGAGAAAAUCUCGGCAUCAUCGUGCAGUACAAAGUGAAGGUCAAGCUCUGUAUUACACCACUGGGCGGUGAUUUAGUAGCGGAGCUUCCGUUCAUUCUGAUGCACCCGAAGCCGGACGACGAUGAACCGGUGAUAGCAGGAGAACGGUCGCCUGGGCGGACAAUUAAUAACGCCGCGGAUGGAAGCGGUAAACACCUAGCGGCAACCGGCACCGGAACCGGAGGCACCGGCGGUGAGCAGAACAAUAAGAACCACAGCGGCCAGGGCUCGACCAAAGAGGAUGGACCCAAUCUGAUCCAGCUAGAUGGCGAUGAGAACUGUCCAGACGAUGACAUCAUCUUCGAGGAUUUUGCACGGUUACGCUUGAAAGGUGCCGAAACGGAAGCCUAAUAGACUGUCAGCGCGAUCCUGGCGGCCGCUGACGAAUGCGUUCGUUGAUGUGCAUGUCGUGCAGAUGAAUGGGCGCGCUUCUUGUGUUUGUGCUGUUAUCUAGAGGGUAGCUAUUAUUAUUGAGAGUAUGAUGCGUCGUCGUAGUCUUCGUCGUAUGAAUGCCGUGCAAAUUCGCAAUCAAGUCCCGUUGUUUCGCCAAAAUCAAACUAUAACCACGUCAGUAGGAAUACGAUACAGCAGCAUCGAUUAGCACAGUUGGAUAUGUACACCGUAUGUAGUGUUGUAGUAAUUGCAAACCGGAGGAUCCUAGCAAAAUAGAAAAAGAAAAUCUAAACUACACACAGUUUAGUUUGGUUCGAUACUGAUGGCAGCAUCGUCGUCACUGUAAGUAGUUCAAGAGAAAGGGAUGAGUGUGCUAGUGGACUGCUGACGAGUAUUUCGUGGAUAGGAACACUAUUCAGUGUCGUGUCCUUUUCACUAAAACCUACAAUAAAGUAACCCGACCGGAGUGUUUUUAUUGGAAACAAUGCAAUGUGUCGUAAGCUGCAUACAUAAUGGAUACAGCAAUGCAGAAGUAUGUUAACCCUCUUCGUCCUAAUUAACGCCGAUGUGUGAAGGUUAAAAAGAUUUAAAAAUAGGACCAAAAUUUGCCACUGUCCAAACAAUUGAUUUGUCGCCUCACACACUCAAUGGGCCAGGGAGGUUUAAUGGACUGUUGUACGAUAGUUGGGAAAAAAUAUUUGUAGAAAAUUAGCUGCAACAGUAGUAUUAAGCCAACAGAAAGUAAACUUUUAACACAUUUUAAAUAGAACAAAAAAAUGAAUUCGAAAAAUGAAAACAACAUGAAAGCAUUUACGAAGCGCAUGCCUGAACGUGCGCUCGCUUUACACCAUUAUAGUCACAAUGAACGUUUUCAGUUGCCUGCACAGGUGAAAAGAAGCCGAAUGUAUACAUAUAUCUAAUAUAUGCUUAUUUGUCUCCAAUUUAAAUAAUAUCGAAUAGAGUAAGCUUCUUUAUCGACAGUUUUAUUAUUUAUAAUCGUUAUUUUUUAUCAUUUGAAACACUAUUCCUGCAUCUAUAUUUAGCUUUUAUUUAUUUUCAUAAGAGAAUUUACCACAGCAGAAAAGAUUUCUGAUAUACCUACAAUAAUUUAGAAUGUGUUCGCACAACAAAGAAGACGGUCACUAUAAUCAAUCACACAACGGAUCUAGCACAAGUUACUCGUUCCGCUGUACUUUAGGUGCACCCGGACGGUUAGUAUGUGCCUAAAUGGUUGAACGCUUUGCAGAUGAACGAAGUUUGUAACAAUCUCUGAACGAUUGAAACUAACGAAGUGAUUUAUUUCAACUGCUUGAUGAUCGGAAAUACCUUUAUUUUCCUUUAUGUGCUACCUUCCGAACCAGUUUUCAACAUCAUCCGUAGAGAACUUAAAUUUGAUCCUGAAUUUGAGCCAUCAUUUUUGGUACAACAUGGUGAAAGUACCUAGUCACAAGUAGUGAGAUUUUUUUUAAUAUUUGACGUAAAACAGAAGAAAACGCGUACGGCUGGUUAAAUUUUACACAGAAAAAAAGUUAUUUAAAAGAAUAGUUCAGUGCAAACUAAAACAAUUUUAUUUGAAACUUCCAUUGUUUUGCUGUACGUUAUGACACAGUGAACAUGUAGAUAAAAUCGGCAAAAAAACUUAACUGUUUAAGCUCAAUGAUAUGAAUGAUUUCUGAUAUUUUCAUUCCAUAAAGCUUUUUAUGGCCAGUUGUUAAAAACAGGAAUGUCGGUUUCAUGUCACAAUCAAAAUGUGAUUGACCAUCAUAAAUCUAUGAUCUAGGUGUGUUGUUUUUUUGUAUUCUAAAUUGGAUUCAUUACAGUUAAAAUCUGUACUCGCACUAUUUGAAACAGCUUCUGUUUUUUUAUACAAUGAAUUGAACUUGGGAAGUAAAAUUGUGAUACCAAAAAAAAUUUCACCCUUGCACCCUAUCUUGACACAACUUACUAUGCGACGGAUUCUCCGAACAUUUCUAACUUACACACAUUUCCAAACUAAGCACGCAAUGUCCACUUAGGAUAUGAGCAACCUAGAUAGAACAAUAGCCUAUUAAUCUAUAUAAAAAUUUAUACACCUAUAGCAUUUGAUGUUUCAUCCGGUUGGCUAAUGUUAAAUGUAGUAAAACAUUUUAGUUGGCAUUUGGAAUUUGUGUCCACAAGAUCGCAAAACCGUUUAAUGGUCCCACCUUUUAUCGUGCAAACAGACAAAAGAUUUGAAUGUCCUAAAUAUACCAUACAGUUGUUGGAAUAUAAAGUCUACAUGUGCAUAUUUUAUACAGCUGUUCGCGUAAGUAAGUUUAACAAAACAGAAGAAAAAAAGAAAUCAUGGGGGCUUCGAAUAGAUAGUUACUUUACUCGUAAAGCCAUUUCCUUGCACUGAAGUAGCGCACACUUUUUGUACGAAGGCGCGUAGAUUACAUACACACACUUGAACAAGUGUUAACAGCAAAGAUUCACUUAAAAAUUGUUAGUAACUGAAGACCCGAAAGUAAAGUAGGAAAUAAUUGAAGCCAUCGAAUUUAUUCAUAGAAGUAACAUCAGAAGAGUAAAAAAUUCUGCACUUCAUUUGAUUGUUGUUUACCUUAUCUAUGAGUCUUCAGAAUCGGAGCGUUUUAAAUUUAACACUAAUCCAUCAAAGAAGGUUAACAGUAAAGGAAGUUUUCGUGUCUCUGAAUGAAACAUCCAUGCGGUUAAAAUACCACAAGAAAAAUACAUCAAAUUUCGUUAAACGUCUGCAGAAAGGCAGUAAAUUUACAAUCCAACACAUACAAAGAGUCCCGCUUCCUCGAUGAAGCACGUAAACGUAAACCAGUAUAAAGUAACAAUAUGUAAUUCAGUCAAUGAGAAGAAAACUCUAGUGAAAUCGCUCGGCAAAACUCCAAUUUGCUGACAGUGUAGAGCAAGUCACUCACACAUACACACUCGCACACCUACAGUGCAACCCGGCACACAUACACAGACAAACAACAAGCAUAGGAAAGCAUAAAUGUAUUAACUGACUGUAAGAUGUAUAUUAUAGUUGAAUUAAAUAAGAAAAUUAAAAUUGAAAAAAAAAUCACAACGGGAUGACAGAGGUGGUAACGUCAUGGAAGGUAAAAUUUUUGGCAAAAGAUAAGUUGAAGUUUUUCGAUCCCGCGUACACUGCUGUUUGAACAGCAGGAAGGAAAGACGAGUAAAGCAAUCCGUAGAAAAAAAAACUGGUGUUGGAUAGACUUUUGUAUGUAAUAGAUGCUAACGAAAGGGGGAAAAAUCAGAUUAACGAGAGUGUGGAGAGCUAUUGCAAACUAAAAAAGAAUAUAAGUUAUUGUACUAUUACCACUAAGUAAUUGCUAUAUACAUGAUUUUUUACCAUUAUAAUUAUUAAUGAAAACAAAGGAUAUAAAAAACUGGAAAAUGGAAAUUGCAGUUCAAGAAAAUAUAA